GCGCCGAACUACGCUAGCUGGGAUGGAGCCUAAGCACAAAGAGUUGUUAGAUCAGUGCCACCAGAACUUAUCGGAAUCCAUUACAGAUGUUGAGCGGGUCGUGGAGUUUUUGAGCAAACUGGGUAGUCUGACCCAAGUGGAGCGUUAUGAAUUGGAGAAAAACUGCUCGACGAGUGCAGAGAAAGUUGAUCUCCUUCUUAAGAUGCUCAUGAACAAGGAGCGAGACCAUUUCCAAGACCUCUGCCUGGCUCUGGAGAAAACCCACCCACACCUGUACAAUGCCCUUAUCGUUAACGGUGUUGGACCUGUGGACCAUACCACAGGGUCCACAUACAGUGUGCUUUCCACCAUGCCCUCAGACUCAGAGAGCAGCAGUUCUCUCAGCAGCUUAGGUUCGCCCGCGAAAGCUUCGUCACCGCCGCCCGUGCACGUGGAGAACCGGCACAUCAGCGAGAAGCUGGAGACGGUGCUGUUCCAGCUGAGACAGGUCACACGGGAACGGGACGAACUCCGCAAAAGGCUCGCCCUCUCUUCACCUGGAACCACUUUUGACGACUGCCGACCGAACGUGAAGCCAGGCCAUGACUACGAGCGUCUGAAGUCUCAGUGUAUGAAAGCCAUGGCAGAUCUCCAGUCUCUGCAGAACCAGCACACUAAGACCCUGAAGAGAUGUGAGGAGGCAGUGAAGGAGGCAGACUUCUACCACACAUUGCAUGGCCGUGUGGCCGGGGAGCAGGCCCAGCUGAAGGAGGAGAUGGAGGCCGUGAGACAGGACUACUCGCAGCUCCUACGUGAGCACAACCACCUGCAGCAGACCUGCGACGAGCUGCGCCGUCUCCACGACAACGACCAGAGAGAGGUGGCUGACAUGAGGCUGCAGCAGCAACAGGUAAUGAGAGAGAAUGGCUCGUCUGACAUCCUGAACAAACUUUACGACACAGCCAUGGACAAACUGGAGGGUAUGAAGAAAGAGUACGACACACUGAGGAAACGCUACAAUGAGAAGACAGCCAGCCACAAUGCCGACCUGAGCCGUCUGGAACAGGCAGAGGAGGAGAACAGACGGCUGCAGAAACAGAUGGACAUGCUGCUGAAACAGAGAGACUCAGCCCUUCAUUACCAACAGCAGUACUCUACAUCAAUGCGCAGGUUUGAUGCUCUACAGCAGGAGCUGAACAAGGCGGCGGCGCAGAACAAGGAGCUCCAGAGGGAGGUGGAGAGGCUACAGACGGAGAAUACGCGCUAUAAAACACUCCAGCUGAAGGCUGCCAGGGAGGCGGAGAAGUACAAAGAGGAGCGGGAUUCCGUGUUUAACGAGUACAGGCUGAUCAUGAGUGAGAGAGACCAGGUCAUCAAAGAGGUGGACAAACUGCAGACAGGCCUAGAGGUCGCCGAGGCCAAACUGAAAAACACGUCGUCAGAGAGGAGGGUGGCCAGUGAGGAGAUGGAGGCACUCAGACAGGAACUGGGCUCUGCUCUUCUGGACCGGGAUCGUGCGAUCUGUGAGAGGACGGAGCUGCUGGAGAAGUACAGCCAUGAGGUGAAGGAUAAGACGGAGGCUCAGAAGGAGCUGGACCAGAUAUGCAGAGACAUGGAGUCAGUGCGUGAGGAGAGAGACGUGGCCAGGAAAGAGAGAACAGAGGCCAUCAUCCAGAGAGACCAGCUACUGCGGGAGUACUACCAGGCCAGACAGAAGCAGGACACAGCGACGCUGGAUGUGGAGAGAGCGACCAAAGAGGUGGAGGUGCUGAGGAAGCAGUGUGAGGCGGUGUCUCAGGAGCUGAAGGAGGCGGUGCAGGAGGCAGAGGUGGCAAAGUGUCGCAGGGACUGGGCCUUCCAGGAGAGAGACAAGAUCGUCGCAGAGAGGGAAAGUAUUCGGACAUUGUGUGAUAAUCUGAGGAGAGAGAGGGAUCGGGCAGUGAGUGAUCUGGCUGAUGCACUGCGUAACCUGGACGACAUGAGGAAGCAGAAGAAUGACGCGUCACGGGAACUGAAAGAGCUCAAAGAGAAGAUGGAAGAUCAGCUGGAGAAGGAGGCACGGUUUCGUCAGCUCAUGGCACACAACUCCCAUGACUCAGCCAUUGACACAGACUCACUGGAGUGGGAGACAGAGGUGGUGGAGUUUGAGAGGGACAGAGAGGACAUGGAUUUGAAAGCACUGGGGUUUGAUGUAGCAGAGGGGGUUAAUGAUCCAUAUGUACCAGGAGACUGUGGGAUAUUUGUGACAAAGGUGGACAAAGGAAGUAUUGCAGAUGGAAGACUCAGAGUGAAUGAUUGGUUGUUGAAGAUAAACGAUGUGGACUUGGCCAAUAAGGACAGAAAGCAAGUCAUCAAAGCCGUGCUAAAUGGAGGUGGAGUCAUCAACAUGGUUGUUCGGAGAAGGAAAUCUCUAGGGGGCAGAAUAGUGACUCCUGUUCAUUUAAAUCUUGUGGGACACAAGGACAGUGGAAUUGGACUGGAGACUGGGGUUUUUGUAGCUGCCAUUGUCCCUGGCAGUCCUGCAGCCAGGGAGGGCUCUCUGACCAUCGGAGACCGCCUCCUCGCCAUAAAUGGAAUUGCACUAGACAACAAAUCUCUAAAUGAGUGUGAAGCACUGCUGAGGAACUGUAGGGAGUCCCUCUCUCUCUCUCUCAUGAAGUUCCUCCCUCAGAGUAUCUCUGGUCAGAACCUCUACGACAGCCUGCGAGACUCUGACAAAAGCUCAAAUGGCAAACUCCACUCAUCUGACAUCCACAUGCGCAACUGCAGGAACCUCCGUCACAACAGCUCCACGCAAACGGACAUCUACAGUCCCGAAGGAGAGGGCGAACGACCCCACUGCCCUGGCCCCUUUACCACUGACCCCUACCAGCAGAUCUGCUACCAACGUCCAGACCCCAACAAGCGACCUUUGACCUUUCACCCUGUUGCCCCCGCCGAAGCCAUCACCAUGGAAACCACACUGGAGAAAGGCCAGGGGAUGCAGAAGCAUAGUGGAGGCACCUGGCCUAAAAUGAUGGCAGGCCAAGUGACCCCCGAGAGCGCACCCCUUUCCAUCUUUAAGAAACCCAAGUCGAGGAAGUCGAUUUUUGACGCUGACACAUUCAAACGACCCGACACGCCCUCCAAGCUGGACUACCUGUCACUCUCUCAGCUUCCCAAACACUCCCCGCAAAACUCCAAAUCUGAUGGCGGUCCCCAAAGCCCCCCAACUCCCCCCACUCGCAGCGACUCCUUUAAAUUUAAGCAUAAGCAGCAGGGAAGCUCCGCCUCUGACUCCACCAUCACCACUGGCUCUCCACCCACCACACCAGUCCAGACUGCCAGCACCCCGGUGGGGAAACAGGAGAGUGCCUUAGAGGGCCGGGACCGCAAUGGGAACCUCCUGCACAGGGAGGGGUCGGGAGAAAACCGCCCGCCCACACCACGGAGGUCAUGUGAUGAAGAGAUGCCACGGCCGGGGGCAGACGAGCUGGAGAUGAAGAGAGGCAGGCCGAACUCCGCCCCUGCUCAGCGACGCGGUCUGACCCCUCUCAAAAUCCCCAUCCCACUGCAGAGUUUUUCGCAUGACGAGCAGUCUCCUGAGCCCGUGGACGCGAUGCGGUUCUCUCCACAGCGGUCUCAUCGCCAUAGCACAGGGUUCUUCCCCCCUGCUUACAACUCCUCAGUACCACCACACUCCACCCACCGAGGACUGUCUCCGUGCCCUGCAGUCACCGCGGUGAUGAGAAACCCUGUGUAUACAGCAUGGAGCCACUGGGUGAACACCAGUAACUGCCCCACUGUCCCAGGACAAGUGUGUCACCCGCACUCAAACCCAAGUCCUCAGCAUCAAGGUCGCUUGAGUCUGGAUUUGAGUCAUAAACGCUCCAGCGAACUCUCUGACCCCUCCUCUUCCUCCCGGGGUAGAAUCCAACACAACACCAACUCUCUCCCGUCCAGUGCUCGGCAAGGUUCGUCCAGUAGUUCUCAGUACCGAACAGAGCGUAUAAAGAUUCCGUCGACUCCUCGAUAUGUAAGGUCUGCUCAGGGCUCUGAGAGAGGCUCCUUGUCUCACUCAGAUUGCAGCAGCCCUAGUUUGAUCACGCCCCCACUCUCUCCCCUCAACCUGGAUGCCACCUCCUUCACCAGCAGCCAAUCACAGAGCUCCAUUUCCACUCAGCCCCGGCUGUCAGUCAGCCCUGCACCAAUCGCAGAUAGGAGGAAGGACAGGCCAUAUCUGGAAGAGCCACGGAGUGUCACUAUACCCAAAGGUUCAGAACCCUUGGGUAUCUCUAUUGUGGGCGGAGAGAACGGAGGAAUCUUUGUUUCCAAGGUGACAGGAGGCAGCAUCGCUCAGCAGUAUCAUCUGGAGUUUGGUGACCAGCUUCUUGAGUUUAACGGUAUUAACCUACGCAAUGCCACAGAACAGCAGGCUCGGCUUAUCAUUGGCCAGCAGUGUGACACCAUCACCAUUCUGGCCCAGUAUAACCCUCACAUGUACCAGUUAGGAAACCACUCCCGCUCCAGCUCCAGGAUGGAGGUGGUUAGUAGCCAGCUGACACCACAGGGCAGCGGUGCCACGACCCCAGACACCCACUCCACCAUCGACACGCUCAGUGAACAGGACGAGGGCACUGUGACACCCCCAUCUAAACAGACCACACCCACAACCAGCCCCCGCAGCUCCAUCAGGUGUUCAAACGACAGACGGAAGGUUCCAGAACCAAGGCUGGUCGUCAUGAAAAGGACCCAGGCUGAUCUUGGCGUGCAUAUCUGUGGAGGGAACUUGCAGGGCAUCUAUGUGGAGAGCCUGGAGGAUGACAGCCCGGCCAGUUGUCCUGAUGGCCUGCAGCCUGGAGACCUUAUUCUGGAGUACUGCUCUGUAAGCAUGAGGAACAGGACUGCAGAGGAGGCUUAUUUAGAAAUGCUGAAGCCGGCAGAGACCGUCACCGUGAGAGUGCAGCAUCGUUUGGAGGACUUCUCCAGAAUCAAAGGAACCCCUGGAGACGGAUUUUAUAUCAGGGCUCUGUAUGACAGGGUUGGGGAAGGAGAACAGGAGCUAAGCUUUAAGAAGGAUGAUAUUCUGUAUGUGGAUGAGACAUUGCCAAAGGGCAUGCUGGGCUGCUGGAUGGCCUGGAGACUGGACGAGAGUGCUCAGAAACUGGAGAGAGGACAGAUCCCCAGCAAGUACAUACUGGAUCAGGAGUUCCAACGGAGAUACAGUGCGUCUGACGUGAAGGACGAGAGCAGUUCUGGUAAAACGCUCUCUGCUGCUGCACGUCGCUCCUUCUUCCGCAGGAAACACAAACAUAAACGCAGUGGCUCCAAAGACGGGAAAGACAUGCCAGCUCUGGACUCCAUCAGCACUGACUCCAUCCCUUAUAUGGAAGACUGCCUAAGCCUGGCCUAUCAGAAGGUGCAGAAGGUGGAAAGCUCUCAGCGGAGGCCUGUGCUCAUUCUCGGCCCGUUGGUGGAGCCCGUUAAAGACCUUUUGGUCAGAGAGGCUCCUGGGAAAUUCUGCCGGUGUCUUCUCGAGGUGAUGAAGGCGUCCCAGCAGGCUAUUGAGCGUGGUGUUAAAGACUGCCUCUUUAUCGACUACAAACGCCGCAGUGGUCACUUUGAUGUGACCACUGUAGCCUCCAUAAAGGAGAUCACUGAGAAGGACUGUCACUGUCUCCUCGACAUUUCUCCUCACGCCAUUGAACGCCUGCAUGGUGUUCACAUUUACCCAAUCAUCAUAUUCAUACGCUACAAAAAUGCUAAGCAGAUCAAGGAACAAAAGGAUCCUGUGUAUUUACGUGAUAAAGUCUCUCAGAAACAUUCCAAGGAGCAGUUUGAAGCAGCCCAGAAAACGGAACAGGAGUACAGCAAAUACUUCACAGGUGUCGUUCAGGGAGGGAGCCUUUCCUACAUCAGCACUCAGAUUAUGACCAUUGUUGAACAGGAACAGAGCAAAGUUCUCUGGGUACCUGAUGGCUCCAUGUAGAAGCUUUUACCAGAAUUUACCAUAAUAUCCUAGCACAACUACACAAAAAACACACACUAAAAACUUUACCAAGGAUUACACUACGUCAAUCAAUGU